GACGAUUACCAUUUCGUUCGCUUCGGCUUUCGUUGUUCUGCCGCUUAUUUUCGUCUAAGUCGGAAGGGGUCGUUUUUAAAAAGACUUCCUGGUCGUCAUUUUCCCCGCCCUUUAUGGUAGCCUACAAAGCCCUGCCGCUUAACCCACGAGCUGCCAGAAGCUUUGAUUUAUAGACACACCAUCCGGCGCUUCCGCUCUAUGCCUUUAAGAUACGAUUGAUGAAGUCAGCGCAGAAGCGGAGACUGCCGGCGAAGGCGGAAGUCGUGGGCGGGGGCAAUUGGAUGGAAGCGGUGCUUUCUUCCCUCCCCCCUCCCGCCUUCCCCCUUACGCGAGAACACCCGCGAGCUGACGGCACGAGAGGUGCCUUCGGGGUGGGUGACGUCACGGGGGCGGGGGCCGUUAGUGCCCCGGCGCGCGGUGCCUCCGCCGCAGAGCGAAGGGGGAGGGGUCGGGAUGGCGGCGGUGGCGGCCCCGGGGGGGGCAGAGGCAUCCCGGCUGCCGACUCCCGGAGAGGGUGGCGCCGGCGCCGGACCAGGAUCAUGGCUGCAGCCCCAAGAAGAAGAAGAACAUGAAGUGGUUCGUGUGCGGGUCAAGAAAUGUGAAGGCUUCUUGCAACCUGAGUUCCGGACUUUUGCUGUGGACCCACAGAUCACUUCACUGGAUGUAUUGCAACACAUUCUCAUCAGAGCUUUUGACCUCAAUGGGAAGAAGAAUUUUACCAUCAGCUAUUUAAGCCGAGAUAAGCAAAACCAAGAAAUGUACUUGUCAUUGAUGUCAGACUGGGAUCUGGGGAUGGCCUUUGCCGGAGCCUCUAAGCCUUUUUUACAACUAAAGAUAGACAUCAAACCCUUGGAAGACAGCCCCCUGCUAGAAGAUUGGGAUAUUAUCAGCCCUAAGGAUGUUAUAAGUACCGACCUGCUGUUAGUGGAGAAGAGGUCUUUGGCAGCUGCAGCCCUGCCCUUCACCCAGUCCAUCAUUUCCCAGGUGGGACGGACAUUGUCAAAGGUCCAGCAGGCACUCAGCUGGUCCUAUGGGGAGGAUGUCAAACCUUUCAAACCUCCUUUGAGUGACUCAGAGUUCCAUACGUAUUUGAAUCAUGAAGGCCAGUUGUCAAGACCAGCAGAACUGCGCCUCCGAAUCUUCCAUGGUGGAGUUGAGCCUUCAUUGCGCAAGGUUGUUUGGAGAUAUUUGUUGAAUGUCUAUCCUGAUGGCUUGACUGGACAGGAGCGUAUGGAUUACAUGAAGCAGAAGACACGUGAGUAUGAACAACUGAAGGGGGAAUGGGAAGCACGGACCAAUCCCGAAGACCUGGAUUUCAUCCGUAGUAAUGUGCUGAAGGAUGUUCUGCGAACAGAUCGCACUCAUCCCUACUACGCUGGUUCAGAUGAUAAUCCUCACCUGACAGCUCUGCAUGAUCUGCUGACCACCUAUGCUGUGACCCACCCACAGAUUUCCUACUGUCAGGGUAUGAGUGACAUUGCUUCUCCCAUACUGGCUGUAAUGGAUAGUGAAGCACAUGCCUUCAUCUGUUUCUGUGGCAUCAUGAAACGCCUGGAAGGUAACUUUCAGGUAGACGGUGAAGUCAUGUCAAUUAAAUUUACCCAUCUCAAGCUUCUCCUCCGCCAUUCAGAUCCAGAUUUCUACUCCUACCUCCUCUCUCGGGGUGCCGAUGACCUCUUCUUUUGCUAUCGUUGGCUGUUGUUGGAGUUGAAACGGGAGUUUGCAUUUGAGGAUGCCUUGCGCAUGCUGGAGAUCACAUGGAGUUCCUUUCCUCCUGAUCCUCCAGAGAAGGAAGUGGAAUUGGUGGGCCCUCCAGCCAGGCCCGGAGACAGCAGCCAGUCUGUCCGAAGGAGACACAUGCUACGCCCAGCUUGUAGUUUUGAGGCAGCUGGGGAUCGGCUGUGCCAGGGAGCAGUUGCUGAAGAGAAGGUAUUAGUAAAGCAGUCUAGUUUUGGGGAAUUCAAGUAUUACAUUGCUCAUAAUGAAGACAGUUUGGAGGAUGACCCGUCACCCAGAUCUCAGCACUCAGUGGAUGAGAAGGAAGAUUGCACCAGUGAGCAGGAUCCAUUGAUUCAGACAACUAACAUGGCUAAAUCCUUCUCUGCUCCAUCUCUUCGGGCCUUGACCCCACCCUCUCGAGAUUCUGUCUCCUCCUCAACUAAUGGCAAUGAGGAAAGUCAAUCAGAGGAAGAGAAGGGAGACUCAGUAGUUAAUACCCCUUCUUCUCCCUCCCAUGGACUUACAUCUUCUACUCCUCCUGCCCUAGUCAGCCUCCCUCCUCCGCAAGAAUUUGGCAAAGGCAACCCCUUCGUACUCUUCCUAUGUCUUGCCAUUCUUUUGGAGCAUCGAGACCAUAUAAUCAAAAACAACAUGGACUACAAUGAGUUAGCCAUGCAUUUUGAUCGCUUGGUCCGCCGGCACAAUCUUAACAAGAUCCUUCACCGUGCCAAGGCCCUGUUUGCUAACUACUUACAGUCAGAAGUCUGGGAUUCUGAAGAGGGAGAUGAGGCAGCAGCCGAAUCUCCUGCGGUUUCAUGAUUCCCCCUUCGUCUUGAUGUAGGGACAGGUUCCCUGCAGUCAUUAUGGUGCAAGCAUUGAUGUGGAAGAGUGGUCAGUGAAGUAAUCCAAUUUAGACUCAAUCAUUCAGCAAUUCUUUUGGAAGAUGGUCUGGAGCAACUAGAUUGGAUUGCCACACUCAAUACACUUUCUGUAUCUAACGUACUCUGUUUUUAACUAAAUCUUUGGGCAAAUUUCCCAUCCAUUUUGGUACCCCCUUCUCUUCCAAGUGCUAAAUAGUCUUUCUAAGAAGAUUUACCCUGGAGCAGCCAGGUUCUUCCCAUUUCCCUUCCCUAAUCAAUAUUUCCCAAAUAUUUCUCCCUGUCUACUGCCCACUUCAUUUCUUAAGAUGUUGGUUGCUAAGAGACCCAGCCUGAUUUCUGAUCCUUCUGGAACCAGAAUCUUUUAUUCCACAUAGCAUUGCCAAAAUAUUUUUAAUGUUCCAUCAUGGCAUAUUUUUAUUUUCUGGCAGUUUGAGCUUGUCAGAAGUUUUGCAAAGAUGUUUCAGCUUAAAAAAUUGCUCAUAUGCUUAUUUCAGUGUUUUUUGGCCCAGGUUUUCCUCUGGGGCUUCUGUUCUACGUGUAGUUUCUGAUCAUUAAAAAAAAAAACCUAAUGUCCAUGUAAAAACAAAAACAAAACACACCGGAUGUGUUCAAAGCCAAACUGACAAAUUACCUGCAGGAGAGUCAACAGUUUAAAGAGAGGUUGGGCAGAGAGAGUAAAUGGAGACCUGAUGCCAAAGUGACCUUACAGAAUAAAUUGGAGGUGUGCAGUACUUUAUGCUGUACUUGCACGUGCCUUUUAAUUAGUUGUCUUCCCAAUAACAUACCAUCCAAGACUGACUCUCUGCACAUAUAACCAUGUCUGAAUAGGUGAGGUCCAUUUUAGGUGGUUUAGCUGGCCCUUCCUAUAUAAAUCCAGAUCCCUGCUCAAUGUGGCAGGUUGUCAUAUGAUAGCUCUAAAAUAUGUAGCAGGAAAUUCUGUAUCAUGCAGCUUGACAGAAGUCAUUUCUAGUAUUAUUUGUUAACCUGACACCAAGGAGGAACACAUAAUAGUGCAUGCAGUUUGAUUUCCUGCCAGAGACUUUUGAAUCUUUGAAUCUCCUUGGUGGCUAUUUUAGGAUUAAGGUAAAAAUAGAUUCCCGCUUUUGCCUUUUGCUGUGGUUAAUCUAGAGGAGAGGUGAUCAGUGAUUGAAGAGAGUGCUGAAUGAUGUCAAAUCUGAGCUAAGUUGGUUGCAUCCUUCUGUCUAGGUCCAAAGUCAUCUUGCCUAGAGGAAUUACUUCCCAAUCAGUUGGGAUACCAAAAUUCUUGGUAUCAACCCAGUGUGUUUCUUAAGGUCAAUUUUCUACCUGUAACAUCAUCUGGCAGUUUGAAUCCAUAGUUCUUUUAAGUUCUUUUAAGUUAGGCAUCUUCUGCAUCUGUUAAGAUUUUAUUUUGAGACACAGGGAGGAAAAAAUGUCUUCCCUUAGUAAUGUUGGAUAUACAAGCACAUGGCUAUUGACUUUUCCCCCUUUAGUCUCAGCCUUUUUUUAUAGAUUGGGUAAAGCUGGCAUGCAGGUUUUUUUUUUUUUUUUUUAAAAAUCCAUUUUAAUUAAAUGGCCACUAGAAGGAGCUGUAACUUAAUUUAAUCUAACCUAUGAAGCAAUAGUGAAACAUGUCCAUAAAGUAGGGACAGGCAACCUGUCACAUCCACAAUCCCUUUCCAUUAGUUUUCUUAGCUAGAGUGAAUGAGAUUUUGUAACAUCUGGAAGACUUCAAUCCUUAUUGCAAAGUAUUCUUUAUCUGUUUGGAUUGAUAGCAUUUCUGAAGUUGGAUUAUUUUCAGGGAUGAUGAUAUUUAAUCAAAAGAUUUAAAGUCCAAGCCUUUUGGAGAGGCCAAGGAAAGGGCAUUUGAGUUUCCCAUACUGAUAGUUAAAGUGUGCUACUACCAACUCAUGGUUGUAAAUGGUGCCUUAAGAUCUUUGAUAUUAAUGAGGUGCAUCCUCCCACAAUGUAGAAAACAGCGUGUCUUGCUUUUAAGGAAAUCAUAUUCUUAAUUUACUCAGCUGUUUCCUGGGUAAACAAUAUGAGUUAUGAACACAACAUUUGGAGGUCAAAAGUGAAUCAGGUUUUAUGGAUUACAAUUACAAUCCUAAUUAUUUCUCAACACUUUCCCCUUUUGUGUAAUAAUACGAUCUGGGACCAUCACGUGACAUUUAUUAUAUCCUAUUUUUCUAUAGGGUUCUAUGUCUGUUUCCAACCAAACGUCUCCCUUGCAUUGGUUUUAGUGAUCUUGAAACCUCAGAGUACUCAGACUGCUAGUUCAAAUCUCAUGAUAUAAAUUGCCCUGCAUUCUGAUUCAUGCUGAUGGUAUUCCAACUUGUGUAGCAAUAGCUAGUGUUGUUGGAGGGCAACCAGGCAGGCUGUGGGAAUACCAAAAUAUCAAGACCAUUUCUAAUUUUUUCUGUGGUCAUGUUACCUAAGCAAGCUUCCUAUCUAGUUUAUAACAAUUCUUCUCCAUGAAAAAUUUUGUUUCUUCUAGAAAAGACUCCUGCCUAAGAAUCAAUUGCUAUUUUCCAUCAUGAUUUGCCAUUAGAAAAACAGUAAGAGUUGUAUUACCAUGAGUUUACAUGAAAGCAUGCAUGUAAUAAACUAUAAUUAGUUGAAGCUGGAAUUCAAAGCCAUAUGUUAACCUUCUCACAUAACAUCUGAGAAUAUAAGAGUGGUCAAGUGAUAUUAUAACAUUAUGCUAGUCCUUAGAUAGUCCAGGCUGACUUGAGACCAGAUAUGAAAUCUCUAGCCAUAUUUAUCUGCAUAUUUCAAAAUACUAGUGAGAGGUGGGUACAUUUUACUGCCUCCCUAACUGAACAUUUCAUAUACCGCUGGUGAUACUGAAUUGGGUAGAAUAUGAAUAGAGUUCUUUGAGGUAGACAAAACUCAUGGAUUUCCUCAAAAGAUCUGAGGCAGUAAGAUCACAUGGAGCAACAAUAGCUAUUUCAUAGACUUCCAUUGUGUGCAAUUAAUUUUUUUGUUUUAAUUUGGCUUGGGCAUAUAUUUUAAUCAACACAAAUUCUGAAGCACUUUAGUUCAGUUUAUUUGGUCCAAGCCAACCUCCUCACUUUUGAUUCUUGACUUGUAGGUAAAAGGCUAAUAUUGCUGGGCUUAAGCUGUGGCAUUUUUUUCAGGAGGCAACCCCUUUUCUUUCUAGCUUAUCCCUUUAUAAUCAGCUGAAAUUUCUAACAGAGCUGUCAGUACAAAAUAGUUACUAAUGGAACCACAUCUGUUGCACUAGUUGUAAGUGUCUAAUUUUCAACAGUAAGUAAAUUGCAGGCAACAUAUUUUAUUCUGACUUGUGGAGGGUGGAUCACAGACCCCCCUUGGUGAUUUUCUUCCUCCGUGGUGCUAUUGGAGUCGCUGUGUCUCAGCUAGGUUCUCUUGGUUAUUUGUUUAACUUCCGGACAACUGGUAUACAAUCUGGAUAGCUUUUAAAGUGUUUCCCUUCCUUAUGAGAACAGGACGGGCCUGACCUCUGCCUUUUCCUAUGCUCAGAAAACUUAUUUUAGGAUUAAAUUUGGACCUGCCACCAAGUUUGAAUACAGAGGUAAGACUCAAUCAUAAUAACAGUCUUUAUGUGUACACUUGUUUUGAACCUUGGUAUAAUGGACUGAUUGGGAGGUAAAGGUGUCCAUUUUAUCUCAGAUGUCAAAUCACAAAUUACAUACUAAGUUGUGAUUCAUCUCUUAUGAGGCAAACUCUGUAAGAUAAGUAAAACUAGCCUGAGUUUAAGUUCCUUCUUCAGAUUACUUCAGAUGCAACAGACAUGUUUCUUAAUUCAGAGAGAUAUUCAACUGAAAUUUAGUCUCUUGCAUCCAAAGUCUUUAAAUGGGAGUCUAAAAAAUGAGAAUUCACCAUACUGCUUUAACUAAAGAAAUCUUUGCUGUCUUUCAAAAACAUGCAAAUCCUUCAUGUUCAUGAAAGUUUAGGAACAAAACAAAUCUCCAUGAAAUUGGCAGUGAUGCUGUAAUUGUAUAAUUUUCAGCCCCUUUUAAUUAAUUGCUUGACUUCAGUGACCAUCCAAAGUUUAUGCUUUGGAUAAUGGAAUUGACAAAUACUGUAUUGCAAAAAUAAUUGGUUUUAUCAGUGAGAUGAGAAGAUAACAGACCGUAUCUGUAUUGUUGAGAUGUCCCUGAACUUUCCUUGCCUUAUAAUCCUUUGCCUGCUGCUCUGGAUUUUCUUCCCUCUCUACUGUUAUCACCAACAACAAUGUUUUAAUUCAGAUUCUCCUAUUUGUUUCUCAGGCAGAGAAUCUGACUAUUGGGCAGCUACCACAUGGAGAUGGAUCUGAUCUAGUUAUUAAAAUUUAUUGAAACAGCCUGGCAGUUUGAGUGAAAUGAACAUAAAUUCUUUUGUGCUCUUUGUUGGUUUUGGUGAGGUUUGUAUAAGGAUUUUGUCAUGAUUCUUUAAGAGCAGAAAUAGUGAUGGUAAUACUUGUAUGCCUUAUUUCUGCUUCUAGAUGUACAUCAGAAGGGUAGUCCUGCUGAUGUACAGGGGUCCAAAUUCUCCCCCCCUUGAUAACUUUGAGAACUAUGUUACAACUGAUAUCAUUUAUAAACCAAUCUCCGUGUACAAAUGCUAUAAUAUUUAUAUGACUCCAUCUUUGGAGCCUCCUAUGGUACUUGAAAGCUGGUGGCCAAAUUCUGUUGGAGUUCCUUCCUCCAUUUCUGUUCCCAGACCUGAGAGAAGACUUUUAAUUUAUUAAAGUUUGUUAUUCUGUGUUAUAUUUAUAUCUAUAUAUUUUUAUCUUGCCAUUGUAUUCUUUUUUCUGCUAUUUAUUUAUGCAAGGGUUUUUUCUUUUCUUUUUGUUGUGAUGCUUUACAUUUGUAACAGGGACUUGUGAAGAGCACCAGGGCUUUAAAGGAAGGUUGUGGUGCCAGAAUCCUGGUGCUCGCAUAUUUGGUCUCGUAUCUUUGUAGUGUUACACAGAGUCUUAAAAAGAUGGUGAGCUUGUUUAAAGCUGAAGAAAACCCUUUUGAAAAUUAGGUUUUCAGUAAAAAGAUAGAAGAGGGCUGAAUAAACUGUGUAACCAAAAGUAUAUAAACUGGCCAGCUCAGAUAGAGGUGCUUCAGUGCCCUCGAGACCCAUUGUACCUACAGUUUUGGGAAGUUCCCCAUAGCAGGUACCUGUGAAAUGAACAGUAAUACAAAAGGAACUCUUCAGUUCAUUUGUUUGAGGUUUGCACAAGAACAUUCCCAAUAUCCUCUAUAAAUGCAUAGAAAGGUGGUACGUGGAGUUCCUACCUCAGGCAUCAAGAUAUUUUGGCUGCCUAUAGCUCUGGAUUUUUAGUCAUAUUAAGGUUUAAAGUUGUUUUGAUGGGCUGAGAAAAUGGAAACCUUUAGCCUAUAUUCUUGAUAACCUAGUCGCUUAGGUUCAUUCCACUGGGAUAAUUUCUAAGCUUCAGUGGAUCAGGGGUUGAUUGGUCAUCACCAGCAGGUCUGAAGAAGAACUAAAAAAAGGAAGUGACCAGAGAAAGGCUGUAUGAUAUUUAGAAUUAAUUUUCUGUUUCAGCCCUCACUCCACCUCCUCAGGACAAGGAAUUUAUACUGUUGCAUGUUUGACAGUACCUUUCUCAUAUAAACCUUUUCUUUUUGGCUCAUGUACUUAUGUAACUAUUUUCCAAUUUUAUCUCCUCUUAAUGUAUUACCAUUAAAUUCAGAUGGCCAUUUUUCCUGCUGGACCUCAAGACAUUUUUGUCUCUUGCUUAAAACCAAUAAGAUAAAGGUUUGAAAGACUGAAUAAAAAACUGUUGCUUGUU